UCUCCGCACUUUCUCUCUUUGAGCCGAUUGGUGAGGAAUCCAUCGGAUUUCACUCUGAUUGGUCGUCUACCGUCUCGUCAGGCGGCACGUCAGCCCAGUUGCACUACCAUCACGUUACCUCCUCCCCCCUCCUUUAGACGAAUAACAGUGCUGUAGGAUGCUAGGAGCAAAGCAGUAGCGUAUCAUCAGGACCACAAGUCUGAGUGGGAUGGAGACACAGAGUGAGAUGUAAAUGGAGAAGAAGCUGUGUCACCAAGAGAAGCUGGACAUCCGAAUGAUUUUUAAGUGCUUUGCAUUAAAACGCAUACAGCAUCAUUUUUCUCUAAUGUAAUCCAUUACUGGCAAUUAAUGUCAAACUGCACGCUGGAGCAGCUUAAUGCUGCCUCGCUGGGUGAAACAUCGCUAAUGGAAAGAAAGCCUUAUAAGAUCCAGCUCAUCAAAAUACACCUAAAUGCAGCAUAAUGCCUUCAAAAGUGUCAUGUUUAUACCUGUUGACAGUGGUCUGCUGGGCGAGCGCUCUGUGGUACCUGAGUAUAUCUCGUCCAACGUCCACCUAUGUCGGCCACAUGUCUGUGUCCAUACGGAAGACUGUGAAGCCCCAGAAAAACAUCACCUUCACCAACAUCCGCACCCGUCCCCUAAACCCACAUGCCUUUGAAUUUGUGAUCAACGAGCCCAAGAAGUGUGAAAGCAUCACUCCCUUCCUGGUCAUCCUUAUCAGCACCACGCACAAGGAGUUCGACGCACGGCAAGCCAUCCGGGAGACCUGGGGGGACGAGAGCACCUUCGGCGAAAUCCGCAUCCUCACCAUCUUUCUGCUGGGCAGGAACACGGACAACGUCCUGAACCAGAUGGUAGAGCAGGAGAGUCAGAUCUUUCAUGACAUCGUGGUGGAGGACUUCAUUGAUUCCUACCACAACCUCACCCUCAAGACCAUGAUGGGCAUGCGAUGGGUGGCCACCUUCUGCCCCAAAGCACAGUACGUCAUGAAGACAGACAGUGACAUAUUUGUCAACAUGGACAAUCUGAUCUACAAGCUCCUGAAGCCUAACACCAAGCCAAGAAGAAGAUAUUUCACCGGCUAUGUGAUAAAUGGUGGCCCCAUUAGGGAUAUGCGCAGUAAGUGGUACAUGCCCAGAGACUUGUAUCCUGAUAGUAAAUACCCACCUUUCUGCUCAGGCACUGGCUACGUGUUCUCAGCAGAUGUAGCUGAGCUCAUCUACAAGACUUCAUUACACACGAGACUGUUGCACCUAGAGGAUGUGUACGUGGGACUGUGUUUGCGUAAGUUGGGUAUACACCCUUAUCAGAACAGUGGUUUUAAUCACUGGAAAAUGGCCUACAGUCUGUGCAGGUACAGACGGGUUAUCACUGUCCACCAGAUCUCCCCAGAGGAGAUGCACCGCAUUUGGAAUGACAUGUCCAGCAAGAAGCACCUGAGAUGUUAGGAGGACAGUACCAGUACCGGUGAACAACAUUUCCUUUUGCCUUUUUUUCCUUUUCAAACUUCAAACUUCAAACUUCACCAGUUAGACACUGAUUAAUGUAAAAACAUGGAGGGCUCCUGCAAGUCUCUAUUUCAUGACAGAUGUUGUCAUUAGCAUCCAUCUCUUGUCUAUUUCUGCUGACCACACGUCACGAUUGUUAACGAGUGCAUGGGGCUUGUAAAGCGCGUACUCUCACGCAUACUUAAAAUGUGGUGUUGCUAUUGAAAGUAAUUUUGCUCUUGUGUUCCAGGUACAGUUUGACCACUCUGUUCUUUAUGAGCAUUAAGUCAAUCAGCGUCAUGCAUUAAAUAGUGUGGCCUAAUGGGUAGGGACAGUGUUUUAGCCAGACAGCCUUGGUUCGAGUCCUUGCACUGACAACAUUUUUUUCCAUGCUGAAGUGUCCUUGAGCAAGACACUGAAUCUCUACCAGCUCCAUGACUGCUGACUCAGCACCCUGAUAUUCCUGCAGGGUGCAAGCCAAAAGAGAAUUUCUGUGAAGGAAACAAUACAGUAUCAAAUUACUAUAUUAGAUCUAUAAUAUUCUACAUCUUACAGUAUUAUUUACAAAUGAAAGAGGAAUUCUUGAGCAAUGAGAAUGCAAAACAUUAAUCUUAUCGUGUUGGGAUAAAACUACAUCUACACUUGUGCUUCUCUCCCCCUUUUUGCAUCUUUCCUAUGAACAAAGUCAAAUACAAAGCUAAAAAUAAGGCUUCAGUAUAUUAUCAAUCUCCAAACAGUCCAAGCAGAUAGAUAAUUGUUCAUUUUUAAUCAACAAUUUUGGUAAUCAUGAAACGACAUAGCUGAAUUCACCACAUGCUCUUUUUAUAUGAAUUUGCCAGAUGAUGUUUUUGUUUACACAUUAUUAUAAUUCACUGCCUCUUUUCUCUGAAAAACUGAGAUGUCUGUUUUUUUGGUGCAUUUUUUUGUUCUCCCACUUUGAGAUUUUCAUACUUGACGUAAUUGUGUCUCUCAGUUAUCGGCUCCUCGUUACUCCAGCUGCUGCUCUUGGUUGUGUACGCUGCACGUCAGCAGCUAUUUCAGCUCACCGACUCCCCCACACAUCAAGAGAAACACAGUGUCAUGCCGUGCAAGUAUGAGUUAACUGUAGCUGAGACCAUUUCAGACUGGAUGUAUUAUCAUAUGUAUCUGGCAUAUCAGUGACUACUGAAGCACUGCUACUGACAUCAUGGAAAAAUUUGGUGUUUCUCAGAAAAUGAGGCUUUCAUAGCCCAAAUUUUCCCUUUUUUUUCAGAGGUUUUGUAGUAUUAUAAGCUAAUGUGACAUUUACUGUGAAAGCAUCUAUCCCACAAGGGGUUGUUGUUAUAUAUUGUAUGUUUUUUAUAUUAAAAAACAAAUACUUGAAUAAUUAAAGUUAUAUUACUGCUUUCACUUGUUGCCUUUUUUCAGUUCUCCCAGUUAUGGAUCUGCAGAGGCUUAUUCCAGCUUUAUUUAUUUAUUUUUUUAAAAUUACUGUUUAAAGAUCAUAUAUGUAACUUUUCCUAAGAAGUGACACAUUAGGCGGCCUAAGUACAGUGUAACAGUAGCAUGAAUAGAAACAAUUCAUGAAGUCAGCAAAAUCACUCCAUGAUGUCACAGUAAUAUCUAGCUAAUGUUUGCUAACAUUAAACACUCAACAUCAUUUUUAAAUAAUAGCAAUUCUUUAUUUGUUGCUCCACGUCAGAAAUUUGACAUCAGCUGAUUACAGAGAGGGAACAGGGGUAAUAUGCUGAAAUGGUACACAUACUGUACAUAGAAAACACAAUAAAUUAUUUCAUAAAAUAAAGAAUUUAGUGGAAGUUAAUAUUUACCACCUCAAUACUUAGAAAAUAAUUUUGAGCUACUGGACUUGUUUGAACAAACAAAUGGCUCGUCACCCUUUCAAUAGAUGCCUUUUGGUUUCAUCCUCAGAUGCAUUGUCAUACAGUACAUUUUAGUAACUACUAUAUUUUUGGGAACAGAAAAAAAAAAAAGUUUUGUAGUGCAGAACAGAGCAAAAAAGAUUCAACUGUUGUGGUUUUGUCUAUUAGCCUGGCAUCUGAAAAUACGUCAACCAGAGCGGAUUACAUGAGUACAGGUUCUGUUACGUUUGAUGUGUUUGGUGACGAAAGCACACGAGUUAACUUGUCUCCAGGGGCUAAGCAUCAGCUUGUCGGAGGGGAGGGCGGGGGGAGGGGGUGCGGGGUGGCACACUCAGCCCAAAAGUGCAUUGUAGCAUGUCUCAUUAAGAUACUUCACGUGAAUUGUGUCAUCGCUGGAGUAAUACAUUUGUGAAAUGGAAAUCAGCAGGUUUUGCUCUUUGUGUGCUCUUACUCAUGGACUACUUUCUUAGGCACAGAAAAAUGAACAAGGCACCUCUAGCAUUUUGAAGCAUUAACACUGUCGAGAGCAGCAAAUUAUACACAGUAGCAUCCAGGUCUCUUUUUUUUCUUCUUCUGCACACUCAAGCAAAUGGCUCCCUUCUUGUCAAUGUAAAACAGGUCUUGACACAGAAAUACAAUUCAUUCUUUUUUAAGACAUUCAUUAUGUUAUUAUGAAAAUGUGCUUUUCCCCAUGAAUUAACUAAAUCUUACAAUCUGACACAGACCUCAGAUUAACAUCACAAAUGAGUGGGUUUGUGAGAUGCGAGUCAAAGCAAAUUUGUUUUCACUGUGGCAACAAAACAGCAUGAGAGACAUAAA